AGGAGAGAGAAGAGAGGGGAGUGAUAGAGAAUUAAGCAAUAGAAGAGAGGAAAGUGGCUGUAUGUAAGUAAGCGAGCGUGGGGGCAGUCUGCCAGAGACUGAUAACCCCAGCUUAACUCUCAGCCUACAUUACCUGCACAUCUACACACUCAUUAGUACACACGCAUGCGCACACACUCAGCUAUGAUGGACUGUGUUCUGAGCAGAGCAAAGUGACUUCCCUCCAGUAUAUGCUCACCAAAGAUCUAAUAGCAGCCACAAACUAUUGAGUCAGUAUGGAGGAGGCUGACCUUUUGCGGGAAAGACUACAGGCCAUCACAGAGAAAAGAAGAAUACAAGAGGAUAUUGCAACAAAAAGAAGAGAGAUCGAGGAAGAGAAAUUAAAACUUCAAUAUCUAAAGAAAAAAGCUCUGCGGGAACAAUGGCUCAUGGAUGGCCUGAGCAGUCAGAAUGAACAGGAGGAAGAAGCCAUGAGAGCACAGGCUCAAGAGGAGCAGCAGCAGAACAUGCUAUUGCAGCAACAAAUCCUCAGAAUAGAGAGUGAAAUUGAGUAUCUUGAAACAGAGGAGCUGAAUAUCUCAGCAAAAGAAGGGCUCAUUUUAAAGCGACUGAAGGAGGUAGAGAGGACAGCUGAGGACAUUAUAAAGGGAGCUGCAAGCAAGAUUCCAGAAUCUGGUGGCACAGAAGUGAAUGAAAGUUUCUUCUUGAUUGAGAAUAAGACACAAACUAAACUUGAGACCCUCUCCAAGAUAAUCACCAUGGAGACAACUGAGCAAUCUAACAUAGGAAAUAUACCAGACUAUGAGGUGGAAGUCCAGGAGACCGAAUUAAUUGAGAACAAGGACACGAGUGCUGAAGAUGAACAGGUUUGCAAUGAUGAUGUUCUAUUUGAAUCCCUGAGUGCCAAAGUAACGGAUGCCAUUUUAGCAGACUUGCCUCCCACAGUGGCAAAUGGUGAUGAAUUCGAAGAUGUGCCAUCCCCUAAAGAAGCUUUAAUAUUGGACGACACAAAUGGUGAGCUUAAUCGCAAUGAAUCUAUUACUUCAUCUAUGUCUGAUACACCAUCUAGUGCUGAGAGUAUGUAUGAGAAUGAGGCCAUGCAAAAAAGACAGGAUUCAGUGAAAGAGGAACUGUUGAAAAAUAUUGUGCCUGUAAUAGAGGAUGCUGAAGACGUAGAUAUACUAGAUCCAUUCAAAGCAGAAUUCCCUGAGGAUAUCUUGGAAGGCUUAGGGUGUGAAGUAGACGAAUCCAUGUUGGAAUCAUUCAUCCGGCAAGAAGUUAUGUCAGAUAUCUCAAAUGAGUCUGGUCAAAAUCCUGAAGACUUAGAUGAGUGUCUAUUGGUUGAAAUUGCUGCAGCAUCGUCUGACAGUGAGACUGAUGAGAAAUGGAGAACAAUAUUUUCUUCCUCCAUUAAUAAAGAGGAUGAUGACUCCUAUCUUGAUAGCCUUCAGUUAAGUGCACAAGAGCUCUUCAUUCAAAAACCUGAAGUGAAUAUUCAAAACAAAUCAGAUGCAUAUGAAGAACCUGAACAGGAUCUGCCUGUGGAGGACACCAUGUUGGAGCAACCUGAAAGUACUCCAGUUAAUGUACAGCCUACACAAGAAAUAGCUUUUAAUCCUUCAACACUAUUCCAUGGCUUGUCCAAGAUAUCCGAGGAUGAAGAAGAGUCAGGAAAAGGUUCUGUAAACCAUAAAGACUUUUCAUCUACUUGUGUCAAGUCAGACUCCAACAAGAAAAUGCCAAAAGAUUAUUGUGUGAUUCAAGAGAUGAAGAGUGAAAAUGUCAGUACAGAGCAUGUGAAUUUCAGAGUUGCACGCAAUCAGUGGCUGCAGAUGGAGGAGCAAACAAAGAAUCUCACACACCAGCCUGUCAUCAGAACUGGGACCUGCCAGGGUAAUCACAGCUUAAUGUUUACCCCAGUGCGUAACAUUGACAGGCAGAAGAAGGAUGCUGAAUUAGAGAGUUUGGCACUUAGCAAAGACUACCAACAUACCCAGUUUAGCCCCACCUCAGAAGAUUCAGGAGUAGAUGACUCGAGUUUCAGGUCACCUUUUGAUGACCCGGAAACCCCAGUAGAAAAAGAGAUUCGCUCUGCCAUGGAGAAAGAGGAAACCCUGAAACGUGGAAGGGGAAUGUCCAAAUCAUACUCAAGUGAUUGUGUGCCAGGAAAAGGAAAACCAGUCAUCCUGAACCCUGGCAAAUUAUGUCAAGAGGUUGACGAGAGGAGAAAGAUGCUUGAGCAUGAGGAAGACGACUGCAGAUUAUCCCCCAGCUCCCAGAUGCCAUCAUUCAUCAUUACAUCCUCCCCAACCAGAUCACAGAAGCACGAAAUGGCAGGUAACAAUGUCAUUAUCCUCGAACCCGAAACUUGCCACCAAAGCCCUCGUCAUGCUGGAAAGUUGGUGACCUCUAAAUCCGCCGAUUGGAGAUCAGAUGAAAGCCCCAGUGUGAUCAUACUGGAAACAUCAAACCUAAUUAUUCGAAGUGCAUCAGAGUUAAACCUGAACUCUGCUUCUGUGGCACCUGAGGAGAAAGCCUUUCUCAACAACCCGUUUUUCAAGCUGCGCUCCCGGAGCACCCUCUCUUUGGUUGAUGAAGAGAUUAAGAUGGUAAAACAGCGAGAGGAAGAACUUAAAAAACAAAGAGCAGGCGUUUACACUAAAGAGAAUUUCUUGCCUUCUCCAAAUCUCCUGGACAACCCAUUUGACAAACAAGAUGAUUUCCCCAUCAAAUGUAAAUCAUCCCCCUCAUCCCCUAUGAAGACUUAUAAGAUGGAUCGGGCAACUCUAUCAUGUGAUCACAGAUUUCCGGAGGCCUAUUCUGGCGGUCGGCGUAAAAGUGCCAUGGCUCUGCGAUGGGAGGCAGGGGAGUUUGCAAACCACUAGAGAGGAACAGAAUAGAUACCCAUCAUUAAUUAUCCUUGUUCUUUGUAAGAAACUUCAAGCAGCGCUACAAAAUGAUACCGAUUUCAUCAUAAGCACAUGCCGUUGCUUGUGUGAUAUUCGCAGCUUUUCAUUUGUUGUCUCAGAGGCAGGAGAUCUGAGUGCUUGCCAAGAUGCCUGAAUGUUAGCUGAAUCUUAGAUGUUCAGUCUACGCUUGUACUCGUUAUAAACGUCCACAAAGAUUUUAAUCACAUUUUAUUGUAAUGUCUUAGUACAGAGUUCAGGAAAACGUGUCCUGUAUUUUCAUACUGUUUUUUUCUUUUAAGGCGAGUUCGUAGAUUUAUCCCUGGGCUAAACUUAAAUAUGUGAGACUGUAGAGAUUAAUAUUACUAUUAUCAUCAGGUUAUUUCUGCCUUCAUUCUGCACUGCAAUAAGGCCAACCUAGAAGGAUUCAUUAGGGCACUGACUUCUGCCAACUUUUCGACAGAAAGUUAGUAAUUGGUCCAAUACAUGUCUUUUUAUGACAAGAUCUUUACCUUUUAAUAUAAUUAUUAUAGAGAUCCUAAAUGAGGGAGAAAAACUUGAAUACUGAACACUGAUAUUUAUCUGCUUUAUUGUGUAAAUGGGAAAUCAUGACGUAAAUGCUUUCCUAUUUGUCUAAGAACAUAUUUGUAUGCUCAUGUGACUCUGUUUAGGUCUAAGUAUUAUGGCUAUAAGUAUUGCUAGUUUGUAUUCAUGUAUGCCAUCAUCAAGUACACAUAUGUGUUGCUUUAUAUCUGAGAAAAAAAAGAUUGGGGGAAGGAACAAACAACAUUUGAGUUGUUGAUAUUUACAUGAGCAUUAAAACAUUGAAUUUAAAUGAGCAGCAAAUAAAAAUAAAACAAAGAAAA